CGGGCUGGCUGGUAGGCGCGAAAGAACAGGAAAAGUGAAGAAAGAAGCUUCCUCCUAGGUUGAUCACCCGAGGCGGCUUCUCUCGAGGGUGCCCGCAGCCUAUAACUCUAGCUAUCUACAGCGUGCGAGGGGAGGCUCUCUCGGCGUGAUGAGGUUGAAGGCCGUCGAUUUGGACAGCAAGUACUGCUGUAGGCUGCCCCAGGAGGUCAGACGAUGACAACUGGGCAAUGCAGAAGACACCAGGGAAGAAAAGACGCCGCAUUUCGUGUGUGUUGUGUUGGGUCAUUCAGGUGGUGCAGAGGAUCCUGGCGUUUCUUCAUUUCAGGGUGCUCGCCCCUCUGGCACCGUGCGCCAAAGUGUACCGUGAUGCAUUCAAGGAAUCCCUGCCAUGGCGUAAGGGACGCCACAUGCACACGGGGGAAGAACAAAAAAGGCCUGCACACACCGAGUCUCUUUCUGUCUGUCUGUCUGUCUGGUCCUUCAGGUGUGACGGAUGGCCUUCUGAACACGCUGUCCAUUCCCCCACCCCCGUUGCGACUUCGCCAUGUGCGAGCGUCGAGGGGGCAGCCGCUCGAUGCCGUUCAUGGACCUAGCGGCACCAUUGGUAGGUGAGCGAGGGAGCGCUGCAAAAGCCACAUGCAUUCACAAGUGUUGUGUGGUGUGUUGUGUGACUGCUGCAGUGGUGCACCAGCGCGUUCAUCGGAAGCUCAACCAGCUCAAGAUGGGCAUGGAGGACAUCCUGAGUGUGAUGCGCGGACACAAGUGCCACAUGUCCCACAAGCCCCCGUCCACCCUCGUCCGCCACGACACCAUCAAGAUUUUCACACCAAAGUGAGCGAGCCAGCACCGAGCCCUUUUCUCACUACUUCUCAACAUCCGUCUGUCUGUCUGUCUGUCUGUCUGUGUGCUGGGCGGGUGGGUAGCUUUGUGCUGGUGGCCAUUCCCGGCCGUCUCGGCCCCAACAACGAGAUGCACAUGCAUGUGCGACCGUCCCUAUAUUCGGUAUACAACACGCGAUACCUGCAGGAGGCGGGUGGUGAGCUGCCACCCCGCCUCAACGUGCACCUGGCCAAGGCCAUGCGCGACCACGUCGAGUUCGACAACCCCUACGUGCAUCUGACGGACGAGCGCAACUUUGUUAUUGCCGCCUCGUCGUCGUCGGGUCGGCGGCAGUGAGUGUGGUGCAGUGCAGUGCAGUGCAGUGCAGUGUAGCUUUCAUGUGGGCGCGGUGAGGGGGCUGUGUCGAUAGGAUUCAUGCAGUGUGUUGACGUGACAAUAUUUCCACAUGAAUGCGUGUGUGAUGGCUGUCGAGACUGUCUGUGGCAGCGAAAUCAAGCAUUAGUGUCUCUCGAA